GCUCACAUCAAAAUUUAAAAAACCUCAAAAAAAUCAAUCUCUACCAAACAUACAAACAUCUGUUAAUUCUCCUAACACCAUCACCAAAAAUGAUUAUUCAUCAAUUACUCCUAGAGCUGCAAAACCUUUAUCACCUACAACGAUGACUUCUAAUAAUACCACUUUUAGUACAAAAGUAAUUCAUGAUCUUUUAGUUUCUUCGGCACUUAAUUUUGUGCAAAAAUGUGGUUUUAUUUUUGAUAUUCAAGAUUCUGUUGAAAAUCUUAUCACAUGGAAAAAUCCUGCGAAUACAUUAUUAGCAAUGGUGGUUUAUAUCAAUGUUUGCUUAUAUCCACAAUUAUUAAUUAUCUUGCCUUUAGUAGGAUUGUUAAUUACUUCAAUAUAUUUUUAUCAAAAAAAAUUUCCACAAGGACCACCACCUCUACAAAACAAAUCUAUUAAAUCAAAAAAAUCAAAAACCAAAAAAUUUAAAAAAUUAAAAUAUCCAAAUUUAAUAUUGCUGGCUGCUGAAAAUUCUGUAGAUUAUUUGAAAAAUAUGCAAAAUAUACAAAAUUUAAUGGGAAUGAUAUCAGACGGAUAUGAUUCUGUUUUGCCACUAAUUAAAUAUAUAGAUUGGAGUGAUGAAGCUUUGACUCUCAGGAUUACCAGUGUUGUUAUAAUAGGACUGAUGGUUUUGAGUCUUGUUGCUUGGGUAAUACCUUGGAGUUAUGUAUUUAUAAUUGAUGAUGAAAUUGGAAAUCAAGUCGAAUUAGAAUAUGAUCAUUUUGAUGAUAAUGUUGGUGGUAGUAGUAAUAAUAAAAAAGAUGAUUCAAAAUUGAAACAAAAAAAUUCUUCUUAUGAUAAUAAUGAAUUUAUUCUUGAGAAAAAUUAA